AACAACAGAACAAAGUUGUCAAAGUUUGAAAUGAAAUUUGUAACUGCCGUUGGCGAUAUAAAGUGAUUUGUUAAUUGUCAUUGUGGUUUUAUUCUCGAAUUAGUUAUAACUGUUAUACCAUCUAAGUAAACAAUAAUUUAUUAUGAUCCCUACAAGAUUUGUCCUGGGGCAGGCUCCCCGAAAAUCAAGAAUGGAAGGGCGACAAUCGUUCUUGCCCCGUCGCCUUGGUUCUACCGACCGUCUAUCGGAUUCCCGGCGGCCGAGCGCCACGGGGCCGCGGUCCAACAGCGCCGAGCCCGGGCGCGCCUCGGUCGCAGUCAGCAGGCACAGUCGCGAGGCUUCGGCUACCAAGCUGCCUGUAAAUAGGCGGUCCCGUUCCCAACAAGGAGACUCCCGCUAUGGCCAGCCUGCUACUACUCCACUCCGAAACAACCAAUACCUCAGGCCAACUACUACACCUGUGCGCACCCCAUCAGGAGACAGAUCCCGUGGCUGGGAAGCAUCUCUCGAUAGGGCUCUAGCUUGUGUAACUGUCAAGGAUCAAAGACCAAUCGCAAACAUAGCAUGGCAGCGCGCCGAGCUCGCCCGCGUGCAGACGGCGCUCGCUGCCCGCGGGGACUCGGGCGCGACCCUCAUACGGCCGCUCACUAUCGCGCGCUUCGUGGACGUCGCCGGGGCGCUGCUCGCAAACAUCACGGGCGACGACAAGCUCAACAACGACAACUAUGUCACUAAGCUGCCACACAUGUGCAAGCGCCUGCUGUACCCGGGCACGGUGUCGAAGUCCUGGCUAAAGGCCGUCAACACGCUGCAUGCCUUCCCCCAGGCGUUGGCGCUCAUCGCUUACCUGCUGGACUUGCUGCGGCGGAUCGAAACGCCAGUGAGCGACGAAUGGUUGUACGUGGACAACGACGAGCUGAGUCAAUUGCGGCGCGAGUACCUCCGCAAAUGCUUCAUCAGGUUCCAAACACCGGAUCCCCAAUUCGACGAUAUAGAAGAGGAGCACCUGCAACAACUGAAACAGCUGCUCGGCGUCGAUGAUGAGAAAAUACGAGAAUUGCAAGACGCUAUCAAACAACAAGAGCAAGCCCUAUCCGAGGAAAUGGAAUCAUCAGCCUGCGCCCGAGCCAGCGAAGCGAGUCGAGUCGCGCGCCGCGACGCACUUGUGCAGGCGCUGCGAGCCAGCCGCAUGAAUGUACAGAAUUCGCGAGCCAUGCUGGACGCGGCUAAAUCUGAGGCCAGGGAUAAGGCCAAUGAGAUUAAGGCUGUGGACGUCGAAAUUACUCGUGCCACUGCCGAAACCGCGCAACUGAGAAAAGAGUUGGAGUCUCAGUCCAUGUCGGUGGAGGAGCGAGGCCGACUGUUGGACGAGGUGGACUACGCGGCACGAGUGUACGAGUCCAAGAGAGUUCUGGCCGAUCAAAUUGCUAAGAUGGUACACAACAGAGAAACGGAGUUGGCUCUGUGGCAAAAGAAAACUCUGGACAGUUGUGUGGAAUACAAGCAGGGGCUUAUCCAUCUCAGCGCGCAGUUCCCGCAGCUGGUCGCGUUGGCCAUCGACGAAACCAAGCUAAUGGAGCCGUCCAGUUUGUCAGCAGCUAGCUCGGCCCUAGAAGCCCUGAAACAGCUGUCCAGCCAGCUCGCACAGCGCCGAGCCCAGCUGGCCAGGACGCGCUCCAACCUCGUCAUGCAGCGCCAGGCUAAACUGGAAGAAGCCCGAGUCGCCAUAGCGGACUUAAAAACUAAAAUCCUCGCAGCGGAACAAGCUCGCGAGGCCGACACAACCGCCGGGGCCGCUGAAGAGGCCGCCGCGGACGAAUACGAGGCCGAAGCCACCGCCAAGCUGCAGGCUUACAAGGAAAAAGAUGAAGAGUUCCGGAAAAUCCAUGAGGAAUUGGUGUUCUGGACGAAACAGGAUGAAGCUUGGAAGGCGAAGUUGUCAGCCAUGCACGAAUACAUCCGCUCGCUGAAGGAGAACAUGCCCACAAUGUUGCAGGAGGCCUACAAAAAGAGGGCCGAGCUGGUGGCCGAGAGCCUCGCACAGUGGAAAAACACCGCCGGCCUCCCUGAAUAAUCUAUGUUGUGUGUAGCCUUAGUUAUGUGUAGGGUCAGGAAACAGUGGCUCAGCACGAACAGUGGCUCAGUCGCCACAAUAUCGCCUCUAUCAU